UCAUAUUUAUAAUAACCGAAUGUUAAAAUCCUCGAGUGGAAAAAGGCAGACAUCAACACAAGAAAAUAAACUUAGCUACUGCUUGCAACUAGAUGUGACAAGACUUUAAGUCUUAUAUUUUCUGAUAUUUGGUAUAGGAUGUUGCAUUAUAGAAAAUUUUUCAAGAUUCCCUUUUCUUUAAUUUAGUUUUCUACCGUCUAAUUUCAGAAGAUACUUUUCUCAUAAAACAUUCUUAUGUCGCGACAUUGUAAUAUAGAAUCAUUACAUCAACUAGACUGCAUGAUUGAUGCAUGACAAUAUUAUUAUGCGAGACAUUCGUAGUCUGAAUAAUAAAAGUCGUCGCAUGUGAAGGGGGAAGUGAAGCAAAGCGUACAUCAGAAUACUGUCCUAACAUCGCAGGCUAUAGACAUUUGAUGAUCGUCAGUUUUUCUCAAGUUUUUGUUGCGUAUAUCUUUGUGAAACAAUUUCAUCAUUGUUACAAUUGUCUUCAAAUUCUAGACUAUAAAAAUUGUUUUCAAUUGUUAGUUGACUUGAUGACUUGAUAAUUCAUUUACCAGUUUGAUUUAAUUAAUUAAUAAAUAACUAUAUAACAAUAAAGAAGGACUGUUAUAUAUCCGACGUAUAUAUAUAUAUAUAUAUUAGUAUAUUUUUGAUACAUGAAAAAUACACAAAAAGCCCAAAGGAAAAUGCGCAUUUUGGGAUUUACAUUCAAAAUUUUAAUGAGCUGCGGUUGCUGGAUACCGAAUUCUUGGCGGUCUCCACAUAGACGUUUAAUGUAUCACGUAUACACCAUCUUUAUACUUAUGUUGAUAAAUACGUUUACAUUGUCACAAUUCUUGGAUAUAAUUUUGACCGUGGAUAACGCAGACGAUUUCACAGAUAAUUUUUACAUGAUGCUUGCUAUGAUCGUUUCCUGUUUUAAGAUGUUCAGUUUAUUAAUAAAUCGUGGUAAUAUCGCGAUGUUAACGGACAUUCUUAUGAAGGGACCUUGCAAGCCGCUCGAACAGGAAGAAAUAGAAAUACGACAGAAAUUCGACAAACUCAUCGAAACAAACACGCUACACUAUAUGAUUCUGGUUGAAUUGACAUGCGCAUCUACGGCUGUGGCAUCAUUGCUCACGGAUUACAGAAAAACGCAGUUAACGUUUAGAGCAUGGUUACCAUUUAAUUACUCCUCAACAAUGCUUUAUCAUUUUACAUAUUUUCAUCAACUAAUAAGCUUAACGGUUGGGUCUGUCCUACACGUUGCUUGCGACGGGCUUAUCUGUGGAUUAUUGUUGCACAUCUGCUGCCAAAUGGAGAUACUGAGUUAUCGUUUGAAAAAAAUUGUAUGCAGUCCAGAAAGAAUUCGCGAUUGUGUCAUUCAGCAUAAUCUUAUAUUUAAGUUUGCUUUUAUGCUGAAUAAAAAGUUCAGAUUCACUAUCACCUUUCAGUUCCUAGUAAGUACAUUGGUGGUAUGCUUCACUUUAUAUCAACUGACCAAGACAAGUGGGAAGUUCGUCGAGAUAGGAUUAUAUAUGUCAUGCAUGCUGACACAAAUCUUUUUAUAUUGCUGGUAUGGAAAUGAAGUCAAAUUGAAGAGUCUACAAUUAGCAAACAAUCUCUUUGAAAUUGAAUGGUUUACGUUGAGGAAAAAUGUACAGAAAAAUUUAUUAAUAAUUACAAGGCGCAGUGCAAUACCCAUCGAAUUUAGCAGUGCUUAUGUUAUACCUAUGAAUUUGGAUUCGUUUGUGGGUCUACUCAAGACAUCAUAUUCCACUUAUAAUAUACUUCAACAAAUGCAAGAUACGAAUAACAAAAAAACAUUGAAUCAAGACAUGCAUAUAUUAGAAAAAACAUUUAUAAUUCUAACCAUUUGCGGUUGCUGGCGGCCGAAUUCCUGGACAUCGUUAUAUAAACGUAUAUUAUACCAUAUGUAUACAGUUUUUAUAUUUGUGUUAGUUAACUCAUUUACUUUAUCACAAUUAUUGGACAUUAUACUCAUCGUGGAUAAUUCGGACGAUUUCUCUGAUAAUUUCUACACACUACUCGCGAUGAUUGUUUCUUCCUGUAAAAUGUUUAGUUUGUUAAUAAAUCGCAACAAUAUUGCAAUGUUAAUCAACAUUCUGAUGGAAAAACCAUGCAAACCAUUCAGACUAAACGAAGUGGAAAUUUAUCAUAGAUUUGAUAAGAGCAUACAGACAAACACAAUACAUUACGCAAUUCUCGUUGAGACAACCUGCAUAAGUGUUGCGAUAACGUCACUAUUCACGAACUUCAACAAGCGAAUAUUGACAUUCAGAGCGUGGUUACCAUAUGAUUAUUCACUACCAAUCCUGUUUUACAUUACAUAUAUUCAUCAAUUGAUAGGCUUCAUAAUGGGUUCUAUUCUUCAUCUCGCUUGCGAUGGUUUGAUUUUUGGACUGUUGGUGCACAUUUAUGGCCAGAUCGAAAUAUUGGAAUCUCGAUUGAGAAGGAUAACACAUGAGCCCGAUAUUCUUCGCGAGUGUAUCUUGCAACACAACCGUAUCCUCAAGUUGGUGUAUACAAUAAUCCUAUUUGCCGUUUUGAUAAAUGAAAAGUUUAGAUUUAUCCUCAGCAUACAGUUUGUAGUCAGUACAUUAGUGGUAUGCUUCAAUCUGUUUCAAAUAACUAAGACAACCACAUCGAGCGCAAAAUAUAUUCAGUUGGCAUUGUACAUGAGCAGUAUGCUGACGCAAAUCUUUUUUUAUUGCUGGUAUGGAAAUGAGGUAAAAUUGAAGAGUCGACAACUCAGUAAUAAUAUUUUUGAGAUGGAAUGGUCUACGUUAGAUUCGAGGGUGAAGAAAACUUUACUGUUGAUUAUGAGACGUAGUACAGUGCCUAUUGAAUUCACUAGCUCGUACAUUAUAUUUAUGAAUCUUGAUUCUUUCGUAGGUUUACUUAAAACAUCUUAUUCAGCUUACAACAUAUUGCAACAAGUAUAACUAUAAAAGAAUAACGUAUCACGGACACAAAUAAUUAAGUCACGUUACAAUCAAGGCUCAUAAGAAUUCAUAUAUUAUUAUAAUUUUAUUGGAUAAAUAAAAAUUGUUUCUUGUACUUA